AUGGAAACCAACUUGGGAAGAGUGAAGGUCCCUUUUUUUCGACUCCUCGCAGGCAUCUGUUAUGCGUUUGCGGGGAACAGCCAUGCGAGUGGCAUCCCUGGUAGCGGACAGUCCGCUCAAAGACGUCGCUUGCGCCAUAAUGCCGAGAGAAUUAUGACUCUUCCUACUGGCAGAGAGCUUGCCCGACAAUCGACCACAGCGCCAGGCAUGACUUAUGAAUACGGCAAUCCCGGUCAGUCUCACCUGAGUCUGAUCAGCGACUCCUGUGGCGUCUUACGGUCCUUCACGAGUCAAUCCCUCUCGCCAGCUGGGCCUGGCCAUUGCAUGAUCUGGAUGCGUCGUCUUGAAUCGACAUGGGAUCAUGGUCGACUCGUCAUCAAUCUGCCGUAUCUUUCGUACCCGAUGACAUGUCGACUCCGAGUUUGCGGCUCCUAUGUUUAG